ACUACAGUUGACUCGACAACCACGCAUUCCUCUCCUGCUGGCAGGACUGACGUAUACUCCUUCACCUACUUUAAUAUCGCCUCCACGACAGCCAGUCUACAGAGUAGCUUUCCCACACUUGGGUGGUGUUCUCGUUUCACUCCCUACUAUCUUGUGCACGAUGACUGUUCAACCCCACCUCCACUACUCCAGCAGCACCCCCAAUAUGGCGUCCGCUGCAACGCCAACGCUGGAUCUGCACCGGGCAGCGCUGCAUGAAUUUGUCAUGCAGCCAGUGUCGCGAGGGAUGGUAGCGCACCUGGCCGAGCAGGCCUCACAGGUCAUCCGCUGCGAGCCGCAUGUGACGGCACAACAAGCCCACGGCCAGCCCACUCCUCCCAGCACACCCCCCAUGGAUGCGAGCUUACCCCCUCUGCCCUCCGUCGAAACGUUUAUCGCUUCAUUGGUUGCUCGAUCACAGGUGCAGGUGCCCACCUUGAUGACCUCCCUGGUGUAUCUGGCCCGGUUGCGUUCCCGUCUGCCCCCCGUAGCCAAGGGCAUGCGCUGCACCGUCCACCGCAUCUUCCUCGCGUCGCUCAUCCUUGCAGCCAAGAAUUUGAACGACUCGAGCCCGAAGAACAAGCACUGGGCGCGGUACACCGCCGUCAAGGGCUAUGACGGAUUCGCCUUUCCCCUGCCUGAGGUCAACCUCAUGGAGCGCCAGCUGCUUUUCCUGCUCGACUGGGACACUCGCGUCACCGAGGCCGAUCUGCUGCAGCACCUGGAGCCAUUCCUGGCCCCGAUCCGCCACCGCUACCAGCAACAACAGCAGCAGCAGCAGCAGCGUGAAGCAGAUCGCCGCCACUCGCGAGACUGGCGUCGCUUCCACUCCUCCACGGAUCUCCUGAGCUCCCGACUUCGGCGUCAGAAACUGGACGCCCGUCGACAGAUGCCGGAUGCUGGGUACCAGCCAGCUGAGCGACGGAUGCUGCCAGCCAGCCCUACCUCAUCUUUGUCUCUGUCCUCCCUGUCGUCUGUCUCGUCCGUUUCAAGCUCCCAGAGCUCACCCGCGCCAUCCUUGGCGGAGGCCGGGGCCGACCGCUACCACCCCUACCCGACCGGCCGGCGACGUCCUACAUCGCGCGGUCGCAUGUCCGGUUCUCCUCCGGCGGUGCAGGAUGUACCGGGGUUGUCCCGCACGGAGACGGCGACAUCCUUGAGCUCGCGGGCGUCCAGCCUGGCGCCCAGUUCGCGGGCUGGCACUCCGGCAAGUCUGCGGACCUCCAGCUCAAUCACCAGCUUUGAAGACGCCGGGCCUGUGCGCGUGGUGGACGAUGGAUUUCUGGGGGAUCGAUUGCCCCUGGAGGAGGGUCUGGCGCCGACGCAGUCCAGCAAGAAGAUGCGUCUCGGGUAUUCUGGCCACGGCGCGCAUCCCCACGGCCCCGCUCACCCGGUCGCGAGCGGCGGUCAUGGCUUCGUGGCGCGUUUCCUCGCCACCGCCGCUGGGUCCUACAUGGGCGGUCGUCGACACUAAGUAUAGAUCAUGGAGCUGGUCUCGUGAUCAAGCGUUUGUGGCAUGAUGAUAUUUUAAUGUUUUUUUUUUUCUGCUCCUUCAAGGUUAUGCAUUGAU